AUGGGGAACGUUUGCUCCAAGUCAUCGAAUCCAACGGACCCCUUUGCGCAACCUGGCAGAGUCCUAGGUUCCCAGCCAGCGCCGGCUGAUACUACCACACCACUCAUACGGAAUAACGAGCCCUCCAAGUCCCACACAACAGGUGGAAGGGCGUUAGGUGGUGGCGGUAAUGCAGGUGGAAGCAGUGACGCCCGAAGUGCAGCUGCUAGGGCAGCCGAGGAACGAGCGGCCAAACAUUCGGCAGCUGCCGGAAAGGGUAAACUGAGCUCCCAACUUGCUGCCCAAAAGGCAAAAUCUAGAAAUGAGACGUUAGAGGAUGUAAGCCGAGCUGAACGGGAAGCGAGGGACGUCCAGAACGCCGAUGAAACUCGGAAGUGGAAUUGA